AUGAACUCUUUCAACGAUGAAGCGACAUCGAACAUAAACGUGGACAUAAACGCCCUCACAAGCUUGUCACAACCGCAAAGCUCGUGCGUAGAAUUUUCAAACACGGAAGCCGAUUCGCCGGUUCUUCUUGAAAGUGCGUUUUAUUCACCCGGAGAUUUUUCAGAGACCGAAGAAGGCUCUAGAACACCAAAACCUUCCAUCGAAUGUGUUGUUUGCGGAGAUAAAUCCUCUGGGAAGCAUUACGGUGUUUUUACUUGCGAAGGCUGUAAAAGUUUUUUCAAGAGAAGCAUUCGACGGAAUCUCUCGUACACGUGUAGAGGAUACAAGAAUUGUCCAGUAGAUAUUCAACACAGAAAUCACUGCCAGUAUUGCAGACUCAAGAAGUGUAUGAAAGUUGGAAUGAGGAAAGAUGGUAAGUUUGACCUUUGAACCAUAUAUUUUAAGGUGUUUCUUCCCUCUAAGAAAGUUCUUAAAACAAAUGUCCCGUGGAAGACAGGAAACAUCAACCAGGUUUUCUUAGUUUCGUUCCGGUACGCUGCUGCGCUAGUGAUGAGGUGUGCAAUAAAUACACUCAUAGAGUUCAAGGUGAUAUUUGCCAACAAUAUUUCCCUCGAGAAGUUAUCAUGGGAAUGAUUCCAGUGUUCGCUAUUAAGCCUAAAAUUUAUUUCCACUGGUCAACAGCUGUCCAGAAAGGUCGCAUCUCAACAACUCAAUCAGAUGUAAGCUGUCUACAAAUGGGCCUUGGUGACAUGCGCAAUCCUCAGUCCUUUUACUCAAAUUACAUCACUCUCUUACUUCGAGCCGACACCAUCGCGCGCUACCAGCAAUCCCUCGGGAUCUCCACAAAUAUUGCAGGAUUGGAAAGCGCGUCUGAGCUUGCCACGAGACUGCUGGUUUCCAUAACCGAAUGGGCAAAGAAUAUUCCCUUUUUUUCAGAGUUGACUCUUCCUGAUCAAUCCAUCUUGCUACGGUCGUGCUGGAGUGAACUGUUCAUAUUAAACGCUGCCCAGCACUGCUCGCCGUUUCACAUGGCGCAGCCGCUGACCAUAAGCGCGUUGACCUCUCCAUCGAACACGGAGAUGUUAACAGCAGGCAGUAAUGGACCACUCACAACUUUCGAUUCUGCAGAAAAUCUUAGAUUAUUCGAAGAACAGGUUGAAAAGCUUAAGAAUUUACACAUAGAUUCUGCUGAGUUUUGCUGUCUUAAAGCUAUUAUUCUUUUUAAUCCAGGUAAGUGGAGUAAAUGUCUUUUACUUAUUUCAGAGUAUAAAAGGUCUACGUUUCCAGACGUGGAAUUUCUUUAUUAUACAGUUCAACUCGUCUUUGCCGUGGAAAAAAAGUUAUAGUCUCUCAAGGGAAAUUGCUCAUGAGAACACUUUCAGCAGGAAAAACUUCUUUUCAUCAUUUUUUAAAGGAUGGAAUGUACUCUGAAAUUAUUCUCUGUUAGAAGUACUUGGACUGUCUCACAAACACCAUCGAAGUCAAUUUAGUUAUUAUAUGAAUUAAAUGUAAAAGAGAUGACUUUUUGACCAGCAUUUGUCUCAUGACGUUUCAUUUCUUCCUGGAUACUCAGAUUCUCAAGGACUCUCUAACUGUACUCACGUGGAAGGCCUCCAAGAGCGUACCCAGUGUGCACUGGAAGAUUACAUUCGCACCCAGUACCCAAACCAACCAACGCGCUUCGGAAAACUUCUCCUGAGGCUACCCUCCCUACGCUUAAUUCGUCCUGGUACAGUGGAGGCAUUGUUCUUUCCUCCAAUCAAUUUGGCAAGUACAGUGGAAAGUGCUUUGAAUGAGAUGUUGGUUAUUACCAGCGUCGUGACGAGUUCAUCCAACAACUGGGCUAAUGCUGGGUUUCCUAAUGGAAACAUGAAUUCCAUUAACACCAAUGGUACUACUGUGAUGUGA